GAGCAGUAACUGUCCUUGGCUCUCAGACUCCAACAUCCUCCCUCUCCCAAGAUGUGGCACCUCAAACUCUUGGCAGUGCUCAUGUUCUGCCUGCUGCUGUUGAGCCAGGUAGACAGCUCCCCAGUACCAGAACUGGGCUCGGCAAAGAGAAGGCCAAGAAGAAUGACCCCAUUUUGGAGAGGAGUUUCUCUCAGGCCCAUUGGAGCCUCCUGCCGGGAUGAUUAUGAGUGUGUCACGAGGCUAUGCAGAAAAAGACGGUGCUCCCUGAGUGUGGCCCAGGAAUGAUGUACAUACCAGGGGAAGAAGGAACAGCAGUCAGCUCCAACAAUGCUCCGUUCUAUGGAAUAUUGAUUGAUUAACUGCAUUUUGGCUGGAGAUACACAAGUGAAGCAAUAUUAAGUUUUUAAUAUUUAAAGACAAAAGAUGCUUUAAAUUGGUCUCCAUUUUUUCUUACAAUGCUGCUAUGUGGAUAAGCUUAACUAAAUUUAUCAGUUUAGAGUUUAUUUUUCUAUGAUAUUAUUAAAUAACUCAAAUUGGAAUUGUGGUGGUCUGAAAUUCAAACUUGAAGAAUUGAUUUUGCAUACUACAGAAAAAAAAAAAAAACCCAAAACCCAGCACUGUUAGCUUCUCCAUCUAGAAAGCAUGGUGAGAGUUAACAUUCUUCAAGUCUUCUAAGGAACACGAUGACAGGUUAAGGGUAUGCGUUUAACGGUAGCUCUGCGAUCAGCCUUGGCAAGCUCCUAAGUUGUGGCCCUGGGUCCUGGCCCGUACACUUAAGGAGAGAACUUUUCACUGAGGGAUCAUGAUGGGCGCCUGGCACUUGCCACCUGAUGCUGUGCGCAUUUAUUUAUCUGUGACUUUCUGAACUUACAGUGGCACUGACAUCUACUGUAUCAAACAACAGAAGCCCAGGCCAAACACACCACCAAAAAGAAUUUGAGAUUUCUGUUGGAGUGGGGAAAAUGUAAUCUACACACAAGGCCAAUCUUACACCCACUGCCUGCAAGUUCAGAAUUUCUGUAAGUAGAAAAAUUAGACCUGUACUAGUGGGACCCUUAAAAGCAUGGACGCAAAAAUACAAACAAAAAUUGCAUGAAAAGGGCACAGUGAGAGCUAAAGAAGUGUAAAGAGCACAGUGUUCAUAAACUUUAAUACAGAAAAUCUAUUUGAUAUUUAUUAAACUUAGUUUCUCCAGCUAUGGUUUGGCAUUAUACAAAGCAUCUUAAUGACACAGAAUUAAAAAGAUUUUU